AAUAUCAUGUCGUGACCAGAUAUAUAGAUAAUUGUCAAUGUCCAUCAGAUGACAAUGCGUGAUCAUUCAUAAUUUUAUCGUUUCGAAAUAUUUGAGUGACAAAAGAAGAAAAUUAAAAAGCAAUGCCAAAAAAUCAAUUUCAGUUGCAUUAAAUAAAAAGAGAAGAAAAAUCGAAAGUUUAAACAAAUGCAUAACUUACGUCAUAUUCUAUCUAUUUUUGUUUAUGUUUUUUUUUUCAGUGCCACCGUGCGAAUGAACGAACGUAUGAGCAAGUGAUAGACAAUUAGUGAUCAUUCUUAAAUUAUGCCAAAAUAGAAAAACAACAACAAAUAAUAAAGUGCAAAAAAUAAAACCAACGCCGCAAAAUAAUAAACAAAUAUUCAACAUGGGAUUCGAAACAUCAACACUGAAGCACAUCCUGCUGCUGCUGAAUUUUGUUUUUGCAGUUCUGGGCUUAAUUUUAUUUGGAUUUGGAAUAUUUGUACUGGUCAAUGCACCGGAACAUAGAACCGUUGUACAUGGCGAGGAGACAACGGUGGAUAUCGGCGAAAAUCUCGCUGGUGGUUUGAUCAUAGCUUUGGGAGUUGCCAUUCUUUUCAUUUCCAUAUUCGGUUGUCUGGCGGCCAUUCAUGAAUCCAAACGCAGGCUACUUAUUUUCAUUGUCAUAUUGUGUGCCAUGAUUCUGAUUCAACUUUUAUUGUCCAGCAUGGCUUCUCAGGGCACGCGAGAUGGCUUGGCCGGAAGUGUGGAAAAAGGUUUUAAAGAUUUGUGGGAAGAAGAGUUGAAAGAACCGGGCGCACUGGCCUAUUACGAGAAAUGGCUGCAUUGCUGUGGUGUUAAUGGAACGGACGACUAUGUUGCCAUAAAACACGAUAUUCCAAAGACUUGUUGUGAAGAUGGCCACUGUACAAAGGCAGGAGACUAUUUCACUGAGGGCUGUGAAGCCCAGUUCAACAAGUAUUUGGCCAGCAAAAUGUUAACUUUUAACAUUGUCAAUUGCCUACUUAUUAUGGCAGAGAUUGCAGCUGCAGUUUUUGGUUGGCUACUCUUCAGCAACUUGAAGAAUGAAAGUCGACGCUCGAAUCUAACAUGGAUUUAAAUCGAUAUUUUCUAUUUAUAUGAAUUGUUGUGAACUGUUGUAUUAUUUUAACCAAUAUUUUAUAAUAGAUAAUAUAGAUAUACGUACGAAUGUAAUAAUCCUUACAAAAACUUAGCAAAUGUUUGCUAACACUUGAGUAAAGCCUAAUUUGGUGGAAUAUAUGUAAACUUAUUUUGAAA